AUGGCGGCCGCCGAAUUCAAGCCAGAGUUCGCACCCUCGAGCGCUCCCCACAAGCUGGUGCCCAAAGACAUAUACACGCGCGUCGUAAAGGGCUUCUUUGUGCGCUUCAACAGCCUCCUCGUUGCCGCCGCCGUGCAGCUCCUCUUCUGCCUCGUCCUGCCCGAGGGCUACGCCAUCGUGCCCGCCGCGGUGCUGCUGCUCGCCUUUGCCACCACGGCCCUGGCCCACCGGCUGUCGUCGUCGGCCGGCAGCAAUCCCUACGUGGCCGGCGUGGUCCGCGGCCGCGUCACCGCCCAGCUGCCCUCGGCCGGCGGCACCCUCGGCCCCACCCCGGCCGAGCGCGGCCUCGUCGUCUUCAACCUCGGCAUCCAGUGGAACCACGCGCUCGGCCCGCUGUGUCCCGGCGGCCCCGCCGCCGCCCGCCACUUCCUCGCCCUCAACGCCGACCUGAUGCGCCGCCGCCACGAGCUCGGCAUCCUGACCGCCAGCGAGUGGCGCGGCGCCGGCCUCGCCAACGCCUCCACCUUCAACCUCACCUACUACUUCCGCGACGUCGAGAGCAUCCACCGCGUCGCCCACGAGGACCUGCACCGCAGCGCCUGGAACUGGUACAACCAGGGCCGCUUCCCCCACAUCGGCGUCUUCCACGAGACCUUUGUCGUGCCCGCCCGCGCCUACGAGACCAUCUACGCAAACUGCGUCCCCGUCGGGCUCGGUCGUGGCACCGUCAAGUGCGACGACGUCAAGAACCUCGACGAGCAGUGGGUCAACACCCUCGUCAACGCCGACGUGCCCGCCCUCAAGACGCAGGCCCUCCGGCUGAGCCGCGACGCGGAUAUGCGUCUCAAGACCUGA